AUGGAAUCAAUUCUAAUUGAGUUCAAUUCUGAUAUUCAGUCAACAAUGGAAUUGCACGAAUCCACUUUCAACACGUUGAAGCCAAUAUCUGAAAAUAUCUUGAAACGAAAAAAGAGACAGUCUGAAAGUUAUUAUGAGAAAACGUUUGAUGCCUAUGCCAUGCCGCCUUCGUUGGGCGUUGAAGCUCAUGCUCCAGCAAUUUCACCGAAUUGCAAUUGUAAUUUGGAUAAUAACAAUUGUCCUGCGGGGCCUCCGGGUCCUAAAGGAACCCCUGGAAAACGUGGAGAUGCUGGACACGACGGAGUGCCUGGAGAGCCAGGAAUUCACACCGAUGAUUUUCAAGCUGAAUACCAGGAUGUGGGAUGUCAGUUUUGCCCUGCUGGCGACGUUGGACCGCCAGGUCCACCAGGAAAAAUUGGUCCAAGAGGACAACGAGGGCAGAACGGCAUUGCUGGUCCACCAGGACGCAACGGGAAUCCUGGAAGAAACGGAGAAGCUGGCAAUCCAGGUCCUGAUGGAUCUCCAGGCAAUCAAGGACCAAAAGGGAAAAAAGGGAAGGAUUCCAUGCGGCAGAAGGGAGUUAGAGGACCUCCUGGAAACCGUGGACCAAUGGGACCAACCGGUCCGGAAGGCGAGCAAGGGACUUACGGAAAACCAGGAAACAUCGGGCCCACAGGACCGAUCGGUGUUCCAGGUGAACGAGGACAGACAGGAAUUGCAGGCAACAUUGGACAAGCAGGUCCUGCUGGUCCGACUGGAAAAGACGCUCUGUAUUGUCCGUGCCCAAAGCGAGCAGAAGGCGCUGGUGGAGCUUAUCAACCAUACAAGAAUUAG